AUGGCGAAAACAUGGGCGGUUGUGGUGUUAUCCGUGAUGCUACUUGUUUCGUUAAACUCUGUGGCGAUUUGGGCUGAGGAGGAACAGCCGACAAUUGGCUCGAGGAUAGACUCCGCCGUGACAGGCGCCACCAAUGCAUUCAAUGAAAACGGUGGGCCAGAGGCCGUCGAAACCGUAUCUUCUACGGCAAAGUCUGUUUACGGAUGGUUUGGUGAUAAAGCCAAGUAUGCCUACGAUUCUUUAUAA